GCCCUGAAUGCUUCCGGGCCUUCCGGCUUGCAGUAACUCUUUAGCUACAGCAGCCUCCAUCUAGCUAGACGCCUUGCCACCACCAACACCAACCACCAUACGAGUUCUAUGAAUCCAUUGCAAGAUCUGAACCAGGCAAGGGAAGAAGCAUGAGUGUGGUGACCGGGGCACUGGGAAGCCUGGCCCCAAAGCUUCUUCAGCUGCUUGGCGACGAAUACAAGCUCCAGAAGGGCGUGAAGAAGCAAGUGCAAUGGGUGUCAAUCGAGCUGGACAACAUCAACGCCUUCUUCCGCAAGGUCUCGGCAGUGCCAUGGGACCGGCUCGACGAGCUGGUCAAGUUGUGGGCACGCGAGAUCAGGGAAGCAUCCUACGACAUGGAGGAUGUCCUCGAUACUUUCCUUGUGCAGCUUGAUGGUGGCGCGCCUGCCGACCCCAGCAGGCUCAAGCGUACCCUGAAGAAGAUGGGCAAGGUGUUCAGCAAGGCCAAGGCACGCCGUAGUAUUGCAGGUGCCAUCGAGGAUAUCAAGAAGCGUCUCGACGACAUAGCUGAAAGGCGGCAGAGGUACAAACUCGAUGAGAAGAUUGCAGCAGCACCCACUAUUAUUGAUCCUCGCCUUAUUGCUACGUACAAAGAGGUGUCCCAACUUAUUGGCGUCGACAAGUCAAGGGACGACCUCAUAUCUAUGCUGAAUCUUUUGCAACCAGAUGAUGAUGCACCUGACAAGAAGAUCACCAAGAAGGUUUCUAUUGUUGGAGUUGGAGGAUUGGGUAAGACCACUGUUGCCAAAGCGGUCUAUGAGAACCUAAAGUCGCAGUUUGACUGUGCGGCUUUCGUUUCAGUUGGACGGGAUCUUGAUUUGGUAAAAGUUUUCAAGGACAUACUCUUUGAUCUUGACAAGGAAGAGUAUAAGGAUAUUCAUGAAACUAAAAGAGGCCUGGAGUUCCUAAUCCGUGAAGUCCGAGAAUUCCUGGAGAAGAAGAGGUAUUUCGUUGUUGUUGAUGAUGUAUGGGAGGUAGAGAAAUGGAAAAAAAUCAAAGUGGCAUUCAUUGAGAAUAAUUGUGGAAGUAGAGUCAUCACAACAACUCGUAGUGUUGAUGUUGCCAAAGCAUCUGGUGAGGUUUACAACCUAAAACCACUUUCCGAUGAUGACUCCAUGAAUUUAUUUUAUACAAGGAUAUUUGGUGCAGACAGAAAGUUCCUUGGUGACCAACCAGAUGACAUUUCUGAGAAAAUUCUAAAGAAAUGUGCCGGUAUACCAUUAGCAAUCAUCACAAUGGGUAGUUUGUUUGCUGGUAAAGAAAAACACCAAUGGCCAGUGUUGCUCGACUCUAUUGGUUUUGUGCAUGAUGAAGAUAAUAAUGAGGUCAAAGAUACUAUGACAAUACUCUCAUUUAGCUACUAUGAUCUCCCUCCAGAGUUGAGGACAUGCUUACUAUAUCUAAGUACAUAUCCUGAAGACUAUGAGAUAGAAAAGGAUCCUUUGAUAUGGAAAUGGAUAGCCGAAGGAUUUAUCAAUCCAGAAAAAGGAAAAACAUUAUUUGAGCUUGGAGAAAAAUACUUCAAUGAUCUCAUUAAUAGAAGCUUAAUCCAGGUAGUGGAGGCAUGGGAUGGCAGAGUAUCAGGCUGUCGUAUUCAUGAUAUGGUUCUUGAUAUGAUUCGUAAGCUUGCAUUUGAAGAAAACUUUAUUGCUCUACUGAGUGAUAAUGUUGAAGCAACAAAUGCAGCAAGCAGUGUUCGUCGGUUAGUACAACAAAAUAGAAGAGCUGAACAUAAGAAUUCUGAAGCCACAGUUACUGAGAUGACAAAAGUUAGGUCAUUUAGUACAUUCCUGUGCUGUAUUAAUAACCGGGACCAGUUUUUGAGAUUUAAAAUUCUGCGUGUGCUAGACAUAGUAGACUGCAGCUUUGAGGAAGGUUGCCAUCUUGAUCAUCUUGGUGAUUUACUUCACUUGAGGUAUCUUGGGAUACAAAGAUGUCAAGGUAGAGGUUAUAAGAUCCCGAAACAAAUAGGAAAUCUAAAGUUGCUCCAGACAAUUGAUGUUGACACAGUGUUGCCUGAAAGCAUUUUCCAGGUAACAAAGCUAGUGCGGCUAUGUGCUCCACCAAUGGAUACAGUAGACGGGAUUGGAAACCUUACAUCCCUAGAGGAGCUAAUAAUAAAACGUAGACCUGGUGGGUGGGACAUUCCCAAGAGGUUUAUAAAGGAGCUGGGCAGGCUGCGAGAACUGAGGGUGCUACAAUUUUUUCCUACUGAGAAGAUGGGCAUACAGAGAGAUUUCGUGGAGUCCCUAUGCAAUCUCAAGAACAUCCAGCAUAUAGGUGUGAAUGAUGGUUUUUGUGCAUAUAGACCCAUGUGGGAGGCAGCAGGCUUUGUGCUUCCACGGUCUCUCUGUUAUUUGGUGUUGCCAGUUAAAUUCUCUAAGAUGCCGUCAUGCAUAGAUCCCUCAAGUCUUCGCUUCCUGUUCCACUUGGACCUAUUUGUGACCACUAUGGAUGAGCAGGAUCUAAAGCUCCUUGCUAGGUUGCCAGCUCUCUGUUUUCUCAUGCUCAGAACAGAGUCCACAGUGACAGCAAGCAAUAUCAAUGCCGGUGAUGGCUGCUUCUUCCAGAAGUUGAGGUAUUUCUUGACUGAAUCAAUAAUGGUGCUGUUUGAACAGCCCAACGAGAAGGAUGGUAGUGUCUCGUUCCAUAUGUGGAAUUAUAGUAAACAACAUGCAAUGCCGUUCGUCUCCAGAAAAAGCAAUGACAACAACAAAUCUGUUGUACCCCGUGGAGUGAUGCCAAAUCUUGAAAUACUUCGAUUUGACAUCUCUUUGAAGGCUAUAAAGGAUAACAAUGGUGACUAUGGCAGUUUUGGCUUGGAGUACCUGCCUUCCAUUCGGGAACUUAGUGGGCCUAUCAACUGUGAAGGCGUGUCAGCCAAGGAGGUGGAUGCUGCGUUGGCUGCACUGACAAACGCAUGCAAGCUCCAUCCCAACAAUCCCACGUUUGAGAUGUACACGAUUAAUGAUCCUGUUGACUUGGAGAUAAUGAACCGGCUGCGUCAGAUGACGAACAGGCCGAAUCUGCCAGCCAAGUUUGUGACUGAACAGUUCCCCGAUGAAGACUUAUAGAGACAGCAUCAGAUGAUGACUUCGGAGACUAUAUCAGAUGGUGACUUCACAGACUAGUGUGUCGGCUUAUCUCCACCCGAGCUAUUCGAUCUAUAUAUUGGAGUACCAUUGCUCAAAGCCUGCUACAUUUUUUUUCUCCACUUUCAUAUUCUGUGGUUCCUACUUGCUAAUAAGCGCCCAACAUAUUUAUGUUGUGCCACGUUUGAGGCGGCUACCUCAUCUGUGGCUUGUAUUGCUUGUAAUAAGGUUGUGUCAUUUUGAACACAUACACACAGCUGCUAGAUUAUAUAAUUUGUUUGGAACUUCAUAUUACAGUAUAUUUGCUAGAUUAUAUAAUUUGUUCGGAACUCCAUAUUACAGUAUAUUUUUAUUGCCCAGAAAUC